ACGCGAUCACGCAAAUUCUGGGCGCUAACGUCCCCCCACCGGGGAAAGGGCAUCCACCUGGCCGCGGGCAAUAUAUAAGAGCGCGCGCCGCCUGUCACAAGGACUCGGACCCCGCCUUCAUUUCGCCGCGACCAACUCGCGACGCGACGCGUUCUAGCCCGCCUGCCUGUGCUUCAUUUCGGUCUCUUCGUCGUCCUGUAUCAUCACCACCCUACCUCAAAAUACUCCUUAUUCACGCCCAGCACGCACCCGAGAGCUAGUUCGACGUCUUUGCGGUUAUCCUUCCUGCUUAUAUAACACAUCUCCAUCGGCGCCUCUUCACGCUCGCACUCUUUUUCAAAUAUCUGCGUGAUACGUCGUCCGUAAUCCAUAAUGCCUUCGUAUCUUGGUAAAGAGGACCCUCUCGACGCUCUAUGCCACCAUUUCAACGUCCAACGAGUACGAUGCACCGAGACGACUCCCCCCACGACCCUCGACAUGCCCGCCUCAAGCGACUCAAACCUCCCCACCCACGUCCUCGCCAUCACCCAACAAGACGGCAACGCGUCCGCCCCGCCCAUCAUCGUCCCCUUCAACAUGCCCAAGUUCGCCCAGGGCUUCCGCACCGAGCUCAUCACUGCGCCCGAUGAGCCCGCGACGACCUACUCUGCCGCCACGCAGAUGGCCACCGUCCCCGUCGUGCCGCUCACCGUCCCGCACGCGGCGUCGAUUCCCCUGCUCAUGCUCUUCGGGCUCGGGCUCGAGGCGGAGCCGAACAUGCUCGCCGCGCGCCUGCUGCCGCCGCACGUCAUCGAGGAGUUCCCGAACGCGGCCGCGAUGGCGCAGGUGCUGUCGCAGCUCGGGGACGAUCUCUUUAAUCGUGUGGUGCGGUAUAAUAAGGGGCUGUGGGCGAAUGUGCUGGCGCUGGGCCUAAGGGAUGCGCAGCUCACAGGGAUGGUGCAGACCGCGUGGAAUGUGGCAGCGGAGGCGCGGAGGAUGCGCCAGCAAUGGCCAGGGCAUUGA